UGGGUAUGAGUUACGCAGCUCCCUAAACUCAGUAGUUUAGUUGGAAUUGAGAAGCGAGACAUGAAUAUGAGAAAUAUGGAAUUCCCUAACAAAAAGCAUUGAUUUUGCUCAAUUUGAUCAACACGGAAGAAUCCAUUUCCCCAUCUCCAUUUGGCUGAACUGAGAAAAGGGCUACUUUAAUAUUGCGCGUUUAUGCAUCUACAUUUUCAUAGCUGCAUCGCUGAACUAUUGUAAACUACUGUCAAAGUAGCCACAUUGGAGUGAAGCGCUCGCUCAAUACGGUGCAGAGCGGCGUGUGAGUGGCUGCGUGCCCCACCCUGAAGAAGAGAGGAGUGAUGGAGGUGUGGAGCAGCGAAGAAGAGAAGGGUCUGACCGAACUGGAGGGCUCGACAGGCACCAUGAUAGCCUUGAACUCCUCCAGCCACCUCCUCCUCUACUAUGAUGCUGCUAACCACACCAACUACACCACCACCACCACCAACAACAACAUCACCUAUUUCCCUUACUACCAGCACUCCCUCCCUGUGGCUGCUAGCUUCAUUCUGGCCUACCUGUUCAUCUUUCUGCUGUGCAUGGUGGGUAAUGUGCUGGUGUGUCUGAUCGUGCUGGGGAACCGCCGCAUGAGAACCGUUACCAACCUUUUCAUCCUCAACCUGGCGGUCAGCGACCUGUUAGUGGGCAUUUUCUGCAUCCCCACAACGCUAGUGGACAACCUCAUCACAGGCUGGCCGUUUACCAACACUGUGUGUAAACUGAGUGGUCUGGUGCAGGGGAUGUCUGUGGCUGCCUCAGUCUUCACCCUGGUGGCCAUCGCAGUGGACAGGUUCCGCUGCAUUGUGUACCCUUUUCAGCCCAAACUCACCCUCUUAGUUGCCAAGGCGACCAUAGCGAUGAUCUGGGUUCUGGCCGUGGUAAUCAUGUGUCCCUCAGCAGCUGCCCUGACCGUGGAGGAGGUGGCUGAUCACUACAUGGUUUACAGCCAGAACUACAACAUGACCUACCCCCUGUACUCCUGCUAUGAGAACUUUGCUGACCCGAAGAUGAGGAAGGUCUACACCACGGUUCUGUUCGCCCACAUCUACUUGGUGCCCCUGACUCUCAUCACCGUCAUGUACGGGCGCAUCGGGGUGAAGCUCUACACCUCUGUGGUGUCAAGCAGAGAACCUCAGGAUGCAGCACCUCCUCCCCCCCCAGCAAGGCAUGACGGGGGAAGGCCACAGAUCUCCCAGAAGAAGAUCAAGGUGAUCAAGAUGCUGAUCGUGGUGGCCCUGCUGUUCAUGCUGUCCUGGCUGCCGCUGUGGACUCUGAUGCUGCUGACGGACUACGGAGGGCUGGGAGAGGAACAGCUGGAGCUCCUCACUGGAUACAUCUUUCCCUUCGCCCACUGGCUAGCCUUUUCCAACUCUUCUGUCAACCCCAUCAUCUACGGAUACUUCAACGAGAACUUCAAGAGGGGCUUCCAGGCCGUCUGCCAGACCAACUCUUGCUGCCCCACAGGGAAUAGGGGUGAGGUAACGGGAAGGGGAACUAGGGAAGGUAGAGCAAGAGAUGGGGGUAAUGGUGGAUUGGAUGGAGGCGGACUGAGGGAUCCCACAAGCAACCCCAAUCCCCUCUUGUUUGGGGCAAGAAACAAAGUAUACACCGACGGUAAUGUGGCAGACUCUGUGCUCCUUGAGCUGGAGUUGAAGAAGAAUUCUAAGGUGGGAAGCAACACGGUCCAUAUUGAGGGCAGGGGGACUGGGGCGAGUGGAGGAAUGGGGAUUGGCUAUGUGAUGAACAAAAAGGGGAUUCAUGUUGAGGAGCCCACCAGCCCAAUGGGAGUGUGUCAGGCCUGGGAUCAUUAGUGGGGAUUGAAACAAUGGAGGUGAUUUCAGCAUCCCUUAUGAAUAGAAAAGAUAGGCACAGUCUUAUUUCAUUUUCUUUCAGAUGAUGUGGUAUGUGGACUCAAGUCAACAUUGAAUUAGACCACAUGACAAACUUUGACCUUGGAGUCAUUCUAAGAUCCCUCCAACCACUAAAAGAAGACCUGGGCCCGUAUCCACAAAGUGUCUGAAUAGAAAAUUGGUCAUAAUAAGUGCUGAGAAUAGACGCAUCCCACUGGGUGCACACUGGUUGAAUCAACGUUGUUUCAACGUAAUUUGUCAGCGCGGUGUGCAGUGGAAUCAACGUAGGAAAUGCGUUUUAGAUUUUUUUUUCAAAGUCAUCAACCAGUGCCGUUUAUCAUAUUUCAACCAGCGUUGUAAACAUUGAAAUUAGAAUAAAACAAACUUAAAUACAUAGAUUAAACAACAUGUUAAUCUAAUUCCAACAUAAUAAUCAUGUCUACUUUAAACUGGGUUAAAUUCUACAUAGAAAUGUUAAUCUUUUUCAUCCUAUAUUCAAUAUACAUUGUUUUGGGUGGUUGGAAUUAUGGUGAAUUUCAUAUUUGAUUAGACAUACAGUGCCUUCAGAAAGUACUCAUACCCCUAGAUUUAUUCCACAUUUAGUUGUGUUCGAACCUGGAUUAAAUAUAUUUUUCUCACCCGUCUACACACAGUACCCAAUCAUUACAAGUAUUUCUUUUCACAUUUAUUGAAAAUGGAAUACAUGAAUCUCAUUUACAUAAGUAUUCACACCCUUGACUCAAUAACUUGUAGAAAAGAGGGAGGCAGCAAAGAACAAUUGCCGGAGCUGAAGAAGUGGAUAUCGAUCCGCUAAUACAGAAUUAGUAAAGGCCCAGUGCACUACUUUUAUGGAAAAAAACUAAACGUAUGAAUGUUUACCAGCAUUUGUAACUUGAGUCUGAUAAUGGUGUACAAAAUAGUUAAUCUGAUAAUACUUGUGGAAUAUAAAAAUACUUUCUUGAUAUGUUUUCCAGUUUCUUGAAAUACUUUGCAAAUGCAACUUAUUUCUAUGUAAAACCUGACAUAGUCUAUUCAUUCCUAUUCCAUUUUAGCAUAAACAUUUAUCCAGGGCUACUUAAUGAUGGCAUACAUUUUCAUACUGGUCCCUCGUGGGAAUUGAACCCACAACCAUAGCAUUGCAAGCACCAUGCUCUACCAACUGAGCCACACCAUUUCUUCACAAACUACUUCAUGUCUCAAUGUACUCAAUUACUGUAUUAUGCAUAGUUUUUCUUCUUGGCUAUGGAAAGUUUACAGGUACAAACCUAGAUGAAGAGCCUAUGUACAAUACCAAUAAAAUCUCACACUAAAUUCAUGCAAAUAUGUUCAAAAAGUAUUUUCGCAGAUUGUGCGUUUUCGU